AAGCCGUCCGCGCGCUGCGUUCCUCCCCGCCGGAUGUGACCGACAACACACCGUCACGGUCAUUUAGUACUGAACUUUUAGUACUGAACUAAAAACAUUGAUCUUUUAUAUAUUUAUACUUAGGGUGGAGAACUGUAAAUCCUCGAGACUCACGGCCGUUGUUUUUGUCCCAAACGAAGCUGCUGGGGUUUCUCGCGAGAGAGUUUGAGGCCUAACAAAAUCGUCUUCCUGUAGCAGUUCUUCUUCCAGGCCUGGUGUGAUCUAGAAGUGCGGCCAACUCCAGUCUGGACUGCUCGCAGAACAUGGGGCUUUGUCACCUCAUUUAAUUGACUGACGCUCUUCCGUCUGUCCCGCUCAUGAGGUAACCCCGGCUGUCGCUUUUGAUGCCUGUGGCUGGGCCGUGAUGGGGCAGAGGGUGUCGGGUGUGGUGAAGUCCGCAGAGGAACAGACGGGCGAGCUGGCAUUCCAGCCAGUGUGUGCAUCGCUUCGUAAUCGUGGGGCCCCGUUACCUCCCCGUUUGGAGCUGCUGUUAGAUAUGCCCCCAGUGGGACCCGAAACUCAAUUCCAGCACUCCUGGAACCCGGAUGAUCGUUCCCUCAAUCUGUUUAUCAAAGACGAUGACCGCCUCACCUUCCAUCGCCACCCAGUGGCACAAAGCACAGACUGCGUGCGUGGAAAAGUGGGUUUCAUUCGCGGCCUUCACGCAUGGACUCUUCGCUGGCCCAUACGCCAGCGUGGGACACAUGCUGUGGUUGGGGUCGCUACCUCUCUGGCUCCUUUGAGGGCUGUGGGGUAUUCCGCCCUAGUGGGGAGUGAUGCAGAAUCCUGGGGCUGGGAUUUAGGGCAUGGUAGACUGUACCACGACAGGAAGAGUCGGACUGGACCAGCACCGUCGUACCCGGAAUUUAUUGAGGAGGAGGAGGAGGAGGAAGAAGGAGUAUUCUCAGUUCCUGAAGAGGUGCUGGUGGUGCUGGACAUGGACGAGGGUACGCUCGGGUUCUGCGCAGAUGGGAACUACCUGGGUGUGGCAUUUCGCGGGUUGAAAGGGAAGAGGCUUUACCCGAUCGUCAAUGCAGUGUGGGGUCACUGCGAGGUUAGCAUGACCUACGUCAAUGGACUGGACCCUGAACCCCUGCCUCUGAUGGAGCUGUGCAGACGGGCCGCCCGGCAGGCUAUGGGUCGACACCGAAUCCAUCACAUCCAGUCUCUACCACUGCCACAGACCCUCAAAAACUACCUGCAGUACCAAUGAGACUCCAAACGCAGCCAAAAAUCAUCUGCAGUCACUGGACAGGUGCUCAUGAAUGAUACGCAGGAUAGAAGCUUUGUGCUGUGCACAGAUGUCCAGAGUGUGUAAGAGAGGUGACCAGACAGUUUUUAUCUGUUUUUAUAAAUGUUUAAACCAAUGAUGAGUGUGGCCUCAUGAGAUUUGAUUUUCCAGAGGAAGUGACUGUGAUACAACUAACGUGAAGGUGUGUGUGUGUGUGUGUGUGUGUGUGUGUGUGUGUUUGUAUUUGUGUGAGUGAAAAUGUAUGUCUUUCAUUAAAAAAAAACCUAAGCUGGUUUAAGAUGGUCUCCCAGACUGGCCAAGCUGGUCUUCAGCUGAUCUCACAGCCUGAUCAGCUGAAACCAUUGCAGACUGAUGGAUCAGCAAACCAGCUUAGGCUGGUUUAUCCUGUUUUUUUCAGUUGGUAUAAUAAAAAGAUUUUCUUUCACUUUUUGUAUAUUUGUUUGUUUUGCUUUUUAUAUAUUUUAACACUAUGGGCCUGGACAUGGAUGAGGGCUAAUAUUAGACUAAACCUGGUUUUCAGUUGCCGUUUAAACUAAUGCAUUUUAUUCCAUGAUGUAGGUGAUGCCAGAAAACAGGUCCGUAUUAUCCUGUCUUCACUAAUGCAUAUUCACAGUGCCUGAGAUUUUCAUUUUUUAUUUUUUUUUUCUUAAUCUUUUUUUUUCCCCAAGUGGCGAUCAUGACAAAACUGAUUAAAUCGGUUUCCAUAUGUUUUAGAAUAUAAACGUGACAUCAGUAAAUCUGAUUUUGCAAAACUGAUUUUAUAUGAGAGGAGUCUGUCUGUUGUUAUGUCCCAGAUCAAGCAAAAACUCUGGAGUGCGUAAGAGAGGUGACCAGACAGUUUUUAUCUGUUUUUAUAAAUGUUUUUUUUGUGACCUUUUGAAAUGUGAAUAAAAAUAUCUCA